ACAAUACGAUAGAAACAUCCAAUCAAUAUUUUGCCUGCUAUACUUCAACACGUACAGUUUGUAAAAAAAAGUUUAUAUUGUUAUAUAUUCUGUUUUCUCAAAUAUGGAUUCGGACAAAUCAAAGCUACCAGAUGAUGUGCCACCCCAACCACAGACGAAUCCGCCUCCGUACGCAGGUGCCAACGAUCCAGUUCAAGUGCAGCCUGUAGCAGCAGUAGCUGCGGUGGCGUAUGUCACCCCAGUAAAUACAGUUAUGGUACAAGCGGUCCCACCGAUGGGAUCCAAGCCUUCACACAUAACCUGCAGAAGCUGCCACACCCAAAUCACAACGAGAAUAGAGAACAAGUACACGACCAGAACUCAUUUGUUCGCGCUCGGUAUGUGCGCGGUCGGUUUGUGGUGCUGUUGUUGUAUACCGUACUGCAUGGAUUCCUGUCAAAGCAUCGAUCACUAUUGUCCCAACUGCGAUGCAUACAUUGGGACCAGCCGUUAGAUCACCUGAAGCCUCACGCAUGUUCAUCUUUAGGACUAUAAUAUAAUUUGACUAUUAUACAUAUUAUAAUUUGAAGCCGUUCCCUUUGCUUGCCCUAUAUUAAAUACUAUCAAUUCCGGCGCAUUUAUUAACUUUAUAAUUAUUGAAGUUAUACUUCUUUAGGCGCGUUAUGAAAAAAUGAUGAGAGUGAAAUUUUAAGAUGCGCGCGCAUCACUGUAACACAAAAAAAUACUUUUACUUUUGUGUUUACCGCACAUUAAGAAAAUCUACCAACAAAAUAGAAACAGAAUCUCUAUUUUGUGGGUGCUAACGACUGCUUUGUGAAGGCCUAUCAAAAGUAUUUAUUAAUCUGGAACAACGGAACCAAAGCGCGAUUCAGGAGACUACAGCGCCAUCUCUUGACCAUUGGUGUAGUAGAACCAAAAACCACAUCUUUAUUUUUUGUAAUAAAGUAACAGUUAUAGGUAUUCAUAUUUAUAAUAUUUAUCCACAUGUUUCUAGUUUGUAUAUUCGGAAUACGUGUUUGAGUUUCAUACAA